AUGACGGGGUUGACACUGGAAGGGUUUGGGAUGAAGCACAAUAUAUUGUGGCGUCAUAACGGCCACCCUCCAGCGCUAACCGAGACCUGGCUUGGUAAGGAGUUAUCCUUGAUGUGGGGAGGAGUUGCAUCACUUCGCGAUGUCACUUCCGCCAGCCGCAUAGAAGAUACAGCAGUCUUACAAGCAGUACCCCUGGCCACCAAUUAUACUAAUUAUAAACAGGCUAUGUCGGUGCGCCUUCCGGGGUUGGAGGCCGGAUAUGUCAAGCGGUAUUACGCGCAACGUCGCUUCUGCCAGCCGUAA